GUAGGAAUAGAGCUGAGAAUACUCUUCGAACAGUUGCUGACAGUCGCCCUGGAAGAAGCUGGGUACGUCUUGCAAGGCGGUCUGAAUUGCAGCCUGUUCCAGUCGUGGGCGAGCGAGCCGAGAGAGAGUGCUGUCAGAGGUGGGCCCUGCUGCUCCGGUGUGUGCCGUGAAGUAAUCCUCCAAUGAGUGCUCAGCCACACCUCCACCUCGAUUCAGCUGGGCAGCCACAGCAGCCAUCUCUUCUUCGUCCAACUCCUCCUCAUCUUCUUCGGAAAAUUCACUGUCUUCUUGGUCUGAAUCUGAUCUCCACCGGACAUUUCUGGCCCUACCCUUCCCUUUGCUUCUCUUUCCUUGAGCCGUGUCUCUCUGUUCCUUAUUACCCUCUUUCCUUUUUUACCACAUGCAAGAUUUUCAUCUGGUCCCUCGUCAAUUUCGCUAUCUGAAUUUCUCUGCAAGGUUUGCUCCUUUUCAGCGUUCCUUCUACCAGUUUGCUGUUUUGUUUGCCUUCCACUGACUUUUCUCCCCCCACUGGUGCCUCUCCUAGUCUGCAGCUGCACAGCCACCUCCUCCAUAUCUCCCUCCGUUUCUUCUCCGUCUCCCUGACUGGCAUCUUCUCCUAUUCCUGGUGUGGACUGCUCGCCACUCCCAUUUGGUCGCUUCAUCCUCGGUGUUUUCGUGGACCGUCUGCCAUUCUGGAUGGUAAAAAUCUCUCUCCCUGCCACCUCCAAAGGUUUCUCCCCCUCCCCUUCCUCCUCGGUUUCGUCCAUGGUCACUCGACUUGGUCCAACUAGCCGCCGGGCGGAGAGAUGAAGCAACGAUUCGUCCUCUUCGUCUCCCUCCUCUGCCAUAAGUCUCACGACUUCGUCCCUCGCCAGCAACCCCGAGUGCUUUACGUUACUCAUCCUCCUUCCUGCAACUUUCUCCGGCUCGGGCCUCGGUUGCGGGGGCGGUGGUGGGUCAGUUUCAGGACGUUUACCGCCGCGAGGAGUCUUGGUCCGUUUGUUUGGAGGCUUCGGAGCAGUUUCUGCGGGCGAGAGAUCCACUUGCUCGUCUGCUGAGCCGUCAAAACCGUCAUUUUCAGCCGUUUCCUUCCCUCGUCGAGACUUCGUCUUAGCUCGUGUUCUGGGCAUUAUUGCAGACCCUUCUAGUCCGCGGGCGGAUGCGGAGAUUUACGGGAAUUCACAACACGUGGGUAAGGCCGCGGAGAUCGAGAAGGCAUGGCCCUGUUUUCGGACGAACUCUUCGACGUGUUCGAAGAAGAACCGGAGAAGACGAGCUCCAAAGCCAAGAAGCGUCGGAGGGAUGUCGCCGGGGGCUCUGAACAAGGGAGACAGACGCGGGAGGAGCAGAAAAAGCCAAAAGUUGGGGAAACAGCUCCGCCGGUUGGCGCUGGUUCGUCGCUGCAGCCACAACUGAUGGAAGACGAACCUUUCCCCGAGGAAACCGACUCAAAGGAAACAGUAGAGGAAAAGAUUGGUAAGGCAAAGACGAGGAUUUUUCUGGAGCCAGCUAAGAUCCUGACCGUGGACACACUUGAGGGACUCAUCUGCACCCACGAGGUUGCCGUUCCACCUGGCAUGGAAUGCGAACCACUCAAAACCAUUGUCGUCUACUCCAGCAAAGGAGUAUCCAUUUGUGUUGGAUGCGUUCCAGCGAGAGGCUCUGCGGUGCAUCGAGAACAGCCAGUCUGUCCUUGUCUCUGCCCACACCUCCGCGGGGAAGACGGUCGUGGCCGAGUACGCCAUUGCCACGUCGCUGAGAGACACCCAGAGGGUCAUCUACACAACCCCAAUCAAGGCUCUGAGUAACCAGAAGUACAGGCAGAUGUGUGAGAUGUUCAAUGACGUCGGUCUAAUGACAGGAGACCUCACGAUCAACCCCAGUGCCUCCUGCAUCAUCAUGACCACCGAGUUAUACUGUGGUGGUGUAUACCUGUUGCAGAUCUUGCGGAGUAUGCUGUACAGAGGAUCUGAGGUGAUGAGAGAAGUGGGUUGGGUCAUCUUCGAUGAAAUUCACUACAUGAGGGAUCCAGAAAGAGGUGUGGUUUGGGAGGAGACGAUUAUCCUAUUACCAGACAACGUUCACUAUGUGUUUCUAUCGGCAACCAUCCCCAACGCCACGCAGUUUGCCGAGUGGAUCUGCCAUCUUCACCAGCAGCCGUGUCACGUGGUGUACACAGAGUUCAGACCAACUCCUCUCCAACACUACUUAUAUCCCGCAGGAGCUGAUGGCCUCUACCUCGUCGUGGAUGAAAAGGGAAACUUCCGAGAGGACAACUUCCAGACAGCAAUGUCCCUCCUCCAGGAAGGUGGCGGAGGAGGAGGUGGGGGCGGGAGGGGGAAGAAAGGGAGGAACUAAAGGACCUUCUUCCUGCUUCAAGGUGGUGAAGAUGGUGAUGGAGAGACAGCUGAAGCCGGUCAUAGUCUUCAGUUUCAGUCGCCAGAACUGCGAGGCUCUUGCACUGGACAUGUCCAAACUGGACUUCAACACACGUUAGCUUUUCCUCUCCCCUCCCCCUCAUCUCCCUUCUAAGGCUUACCCCGCUAAAACCGAUAUUGAUAUCUAGUCAAGUAAUAUUUCAACCAACAAUACCACUCAGUCCAAUAAACUAGAACCUGUAGACAGUGGUGAGUGAUUUGUAAACAAAGUUAGAAAUUUCAGAUUUGACACGUGUUACGGUAUGUUACGUAAAGUAUUACGGUAUGCACAGCCACUCAGGCAACCGGGUAGACUCUCUUUCCUAACAAGCUAACUCCCUGCCACCCCAGCUGAUGAGAAAGCGCUGGUGGAGGAGGUGUUUACCAACGCCAUUGACUGUCUGUCGGAGGACGACAAGAAGAUACCGCAGGUUGAGCACAUUCUUCCUCUCCUCAAGAGAGGGAUAGGAAUUCACCACUCGGGGCUGCUGCCCAUUCUCAAGGAAGUCACCGAGAUCCUCUUCCAGGAGGGCCUUAUACAGGCGCUAUUUGCGACAGAGACCUUUGCUCUCGGUCUGAACAUGCCUGCGAGGACGGUCGUCUUCACCAGUGCCAGGAAAUUUGACGGAAAAGAGUUCCGAUGGAUCAGGUCUGGGGAGUAUAUACAGAUGAGUGGUCGUGCGGGGCGACGAGGAAUUGACGACAGGGGCAUCGUCAUGUUCAUGGUUGACGAGAAGAUGGACUCCUCUGUUGGCAGAGAACUUCUGAAAGGUAAACCAGACCCUCUGAACAGUGCGUUCCGACUCACCUACAACAUGGCCCUCAACCUCCUGCGAGUGGAGGAGAUCAAUCCAGAGUACAUGUUGGAACGCUCCUUCUUCCUCUUUCAGAACAACUCCUCCAUUCCCUCCCUGGAGAAAAAGGUGAAGGAGCUGGAGGGAAGGAGAGAUAGAGUUGUGAUUGAGAACGAAGACCAGAUCACCAACUACUACAGGAUCAGACAGCAGCUCCACAGACUGGAGGGAGAGAUGCAGACGUUUGUAACGAAGCCCAAGUACUGCGUGCCUUUCCUGCAACCUGGUCGACUGGUGAAAGUUGAACAUGGAGACGAGGAAGACUUUGGCUGGGGAGCUGUCGUCAAUUUCCAGAAGAAGGCCAAUCAAAAGAUGCAGAGUGAAGCUGUGUAUGCAGUGGAGGUGCUGCUGUGUUGUUCCACCGAUUCCUGCAAGAGAGCCCCAAAAGAACCGCCAAAACCGCCUCCAUCGGGAGACAGGGGAGAGAUGCAGGUUGUUCCAGUCCUCCUGCCUCACCUAACAAAACUGAGCUCAGUCAGAGUCUAUCUUCCCAAGGACCUGCGCCCGCUACAGAACAGGAAAGUCGUCCGAACGGCCAUUGAGGAGGUACAGAAACGAUUCCCCGACGGCCUGCCUUUCCUCAAUCCCGUCAAAGACAUGCACAUCUCUGACGACGAGUUCAGAAAGAUAGUCCAGAAAGUUGAGGCUCUUGAGAAGAGAUUGUUGGCCAGCCCUGUACACAAGAACCCUCAGCUGGAGACCCUCUAUAACCUCUGCCAGAAGAAAGCUGAGCCCCUCUUUCUCCUCCCCCUCCACCUCCACAGUGGAGAUGAGCUACUGCUAACAGAGCUAAUGUUCAACGGAGCGUUCAAUGAUCUGACAGUGGAGCAGUGUGUGGCACUUCUCUCCUGCUUCGUCUUCCAGGAAAGGGCUGAUGCAAUGCCAAAGUUAUCAGACGAACUCGCUGGACCGCUGAAAAUGAUGCAGGACACGGCGCGGAGGAUCGCUCGGAUAUCGAUAGAGGCCAAGUUGGACAUGGAGGAGGAGGCCUACGUGGAGAGUUUCAGACCGCACAUCAUGGACGUUGUGCACGCCUGGGUCUCGGGAGCCCCGUUCUCACAGAUAUGUAAAAUGACAGACAUCAUGGAAGGUAGUGUGAUUCGCUGCAUUCGCCGGCUGGCUGAGCUGCUGCGUCAGAUGUGCCAGGCUGCCAAGGCAAUUGGCAACACUGAACUGGAAAACAAAUUCUCUCAAGGUAUUAUGAAGAUCAGAAGAGACAUUGUGUUUGCAGCUAGCCUUUAUCUUUGACCCCAAUUCUUCCCCUCUCUUGUAUUAUUCAUCAUCCGCAUGCGCUAUGUGUGGGUGGAAUUUACGCAUGCGCUAAUACUUUGCAAGGCUAAAGAGGUGGGGCUGAUGGAAUUCAAUUUUGCGCGUGGGAGAGCCGCCCAAAACCUAGACCUGUGAUUCUCUUCGUGAGCCUGGCUAUAACCAACGGAGCUAGGGAAGGAGAGAGAGAGAUGCGGAUUACACUGCAGCUGCUGUGGAAACGUGCACAAGAGCCUCUGGAAGAAGUGGAACUGCUGAAUCUGUCGGGAAACAAAAUUAGUGGGAUAGAGGAGCUGGAACACUGCCCCAGUCUCCAGAGUCUCGUUCUGAGCAACAACAGCAUCUCUGUACUGCACAACCUCACUUCUUGUCAUCAGCUGUGGUCCCUCGACCUCACUGGGAACAGGGUCAAGAGUCUUCACGGACUCUCAAAGUUCCCAGUCCUCGGCUCUCUCAAGCUCUCGUGUAACGAGCUGGAGUGGGCGGAGCUUCGAGGCUGAGUCACAUGACCCUUCUCUCCCUGACCCUCUCUGGGAAUCCUCAACUAGACUCUGACCCCUACUAUAGAGAACAUGUUGUGGAUGCUCUACCCAAUCUCUGGGUAUUGGACAAUAGAAUUAUCACAGCCGGCGAAAGAAGACACGUGUCACAGUUCUUCCAUAAAUCUGAAACUUCUCCACAGCCUGUGUGGAGAAAGGCAAGUGAGAGGGUGUUUGUUCCGACCUUCAUGAAACAACUUCUGGUGAAUGGAGUCUUUGGGAAGAAGACAACUCAUCUCAUGGCUCAGUUCCCUGCCUCCUAUACCCACAACACUGAGAUGGACAGAAGGCGACUCCAUUAUCUGGCACACACCCUGGAAGAAGAGAUAAAGCUACACAUGAAAUACAGCAGCAAGGAGAUGGAGGGAGAGGGUCGGGUCCCCGAGCUGUGCCGGAUGAUAGAGACAAGAAACAGCUCCACAGAGCAGUCCACCACCAUGUUACUAAUCCUCAUAUUGGCUCACCUAGAAUAUGGACUACCACACGACAUACUGAGGGAGACACUCGAAACAGCAAAACUGACAAAAAUUGGGGAGGUCUGGUGUGCCGAUGUCUUUGGUCUCCCGCGUGACAUGAUGCUGGGAGUGGCUACUUUACUGCUCGGUGCAGCCGCUGUUGAUAGACAGGACAAGAAGGUAUGCAGUGGAACCUCCGAAUAGGGACAUCUCCCUAUAGAGGA